AUGGCAUCCUCAAAGACUAGCAUCACUUGUGCGAUCCUUCUCAUCUGCUUCAUUAGCUCUAUUUAUUCGGUGCCGCCAUUUAACUAUGGUGGAGAUAAUGGAGAUAAUUACGGAAUUCAUGUUGUUGACAACAUUAAUAGCGCUGCGAAUGCUCUCUUAACUAAAAAUAACUCAUCGGCUUUCAAUGUGGGACAAGAAGUAGAACAGCAAAAUUCG